AUGCUCGCCUUCUCCAUCACCCACUUCCUCCUCGUCAUCCCAGCGUUGGCCGCUCCAGCCUGCAUCCCCUCCUCCCCCCCUGCGCCGACAGGAGCCGCCCUCGCCACCUCCACGACCGGAGGGGUAGACCCAGCCCUCGUACCGGACUUUGGCGCCAAUCCGAAUCCUAAUCCUGAUGGACACGGGAACUGUGAUGGAGCGGUGAAGGAUGUUACUGGGAAGUUUAUCCUUGUACCGUGCGACUGCCCCCCUCCUAGGGAUCUGUUCAUCACCGACCUAAGCGCGAACGUCGCAGCCGGACACUGUAUAAACAACACAGCAGUAUCUCUUUCCUUCCCCACAAGCAGUAGCAAAGCGGACCAAAUCACGAGGUCGCAGGCGCUGCUCGACACCCUCCAGAACCUGCGUGGGGCUGGAGUAGGCUGUCCGGCCGUAUCGACAACAUUCGGUGUCCAGCUCCAGCAGCUGACCGGCUGA